AUGGAUGUGAAUCCUGAAGCAUUCAUGAAUAUUAGUGAGAUCAUUUGCUACAGAGGAUAUCUUAGUGAGGAGUAUGAAAUUAUGACAGACGAUUCCUAUUAUCUUAGCAUCAACAGAAUUCCCUUUGGCAUAGGAAAUGGUAAGAACUCAGGUCUCAAUCCUGUUCUUCUGCAGCAUGGCUUAGUUUUAGAGGGAAUCACCUGGGUUGCAAAUAUGGCCAACAGCAGCCUGGGCUUCAUACUAGCAGAUUCUGGCUAUGAUGUUUGGAUUGGAAAUAACAGAGGGAAUAACUACUGGGCAAGAAAACACUACAACCUUACAGCUGACCAGGAGGAAUUUUGGGCCUACCCUUUUUCACAACAUGCCACACAUGACCUUCCUGCCAUCAUAAACUUUAUUCUGCAGAAAACGGGGCAAGUGCAACUGUAUUACAUUGGCUAUUCUCAGGGCACCACCUUAGGUUUCGUUGCAUUUUCAUCCAUGCCAGAGCUGGCUCAAAAAAUCAAAAUGUUUUUUGCAUUGGCUCCUAUAAUCACACUUAAGCAUUCCAAAAGCCCACUGAUAAAACUGUUCUUCAUACCUGAAGGAAUAAAUAAUGUGUGA